UUACUAACCAUCAUGUAUUCAAAAGCUGAAGAUAUUUGACUUUUAGGUUGUGAAUAUGUCUCUCAUUGGUGUAUCUUUAUAUCUAAGUGUUUUGUUUUCAGUUUGUUACGGAUUUAUUUUUAACCAUAUAACUACCAAAACACGUAACGACUUUGAUCCAGUAAAGGCCGAGGCAGUUUUAGAUCAUGUCAACACCACACAGUCUACAGAGCUGCCAGGUAACGACUUUGAUCCGGUAAAGGCUGAGGCAGGUGCAAUAGCAGGUGCAGUGUUUGGAGUUCUUAUUUCAAUAGGCUUCAUAACAUUUGCAUGUGUCAUGUAUAUAAGGAAGAAAAGAGAACGAGAUCUCGAGUAUACACGUAGAACAAAAGUACUCAUGCAAUCUUCACAGAGCGCAGGGGUCUAUGUCGACACAACACAAGAAUUAAGUCGAACUAAAAACAUAAACAAUCGUGGUAGUGAAUAUAAAUCUCUACAAAAAGAUCCAAAUAUGUAUGAAAGUGAUUCCGAGGAUGAAUUGUGAUCUUCAAGAUUAUGUUAAACAUGAGAUGUGGAAAGGACUGUUGGCAAUCUGUGGACAAAAUCAUGGUGAUUAAUCCAGCAAUGUGAUAUAUAUUGUGUCAUUUUCUAGUUAUAUACUUAAUUAAACAAUAAGUAGUACAAAGGGCAUAAUAUGUAGUAAUAAAAAUUGUGGUGGGUUAAAAAUACUAGAAAUUAAAAUAAGAUCUUUCUUGUAACAUUGCAACCCUUAUUCUUUUUAAUAUGUCUAUAUGUAAAGAACAUUCUUCAUAAUGACUCUAGAAAGUGCGAACGUUUUUUCGGUGUUAUACACAUAAAACUGUUAUAAAGGAAUUAUACAUAUGCGCAAAAUGAUUUAAGAAAUAAAAAUAUAUUUAUACAAAAGUUUACAUAGAGAUGUAUAACGCUUGGCCAUCAAUCUUUUUGCUGGACUAAAUUUAAAAAAAAUUCAAAGAUACUUUCUUUCCUCAGUUGAGCUUUGUUUUAAUAAUAGGGUUUUAUUUAUUGCUUCCAAUAUAGAGAUAGUAUUUCAUUAUAUUAACCAUCAAAAUAUUUCCUGUUUUAACUCUUAUUCAGUUACUAUAUGUUCCUUCAUAUACUAGAUCUAUAUUUUCACAUUUUAAUAUAAUCUGCGACCUGUAUCGAAGCUUUGUAAUUUAUUGAUAUUUAGGCGGAAUAUGUAGAACUUAAACAAUUAAUACAACUGUAAAUAAUAUGUUUUACCAUGAAUUAAUUACUGCAACAUAAAGAAAAAUUUAUAAGUUCACUGUCAGGUGAACAUUGAGAGCAUUUAUUCUUUGUACAUGUUACAUUAAUUCAAACCUUUUUUCAUUUUAAAGGAAAAAACGUGGUUUUUACAUUAUACUUUGAAAGUACAAGUAGUAUCAAAAUGGUAAUAAUUAAUAAUCAAUUUUUAAUAUAUUAUAGUCUUUGAUUGAAAGAUAAAUUCAUUUCCAUAGUUCAUGUAUGACAUAAUCUUAAAGACAACAAAUCAUUUAAUGGGAACUUGUGUUAACAUGUAACACAAUUAGAUAUAUUUGGGGAAAACAAGAUGUCACAAUCACUUACAUGAAAACGAUUGUGAGUUAUAAUUGUUGAUAGAAUUUAUACUUUUAAAUAUUUGUUUUUUCUUAGUGCAUAAUAAACAAAAUUGAAGAAUGAAAAUGUGAUCAUGUAAAUAUUCUACACUCAGUUGAACAAUAUUUACCUAAAAUAAUGUUAAUUAAUUGGAAUAAUAAGAACUUUGACAAAGACUGAUACAUUAAUGUAGAAGUAGGCUAUUAACUUGGGUAAGAAGUACUCUGGUGUUACCUUACUAAAAUAGUCUCUCUAUAGUGAUAAUUUUACACUCAAAUAUCUUAUUCUUCAUUGUACAUUGUACAAGCUGGCACUUACAUCUUACUGCAACAUAUUUGUAUCUUUUUUGAAAAUAUUGGAGAGAAAUUGACAUAGACUAAGUAUGUUUUACUUGUUUUCCAAUCCAAUCUGAAUUUCUUUGUUGUGCAAUAUUUUAAAAUGUUGUUUAUGUAAAAUUUAUUGAAU